AUGUCACUCACGAUUCAGCCCCUUCAUUCGACCUUUGCGGCAGAGGUCCGUGGCGUCGAUUUCUCCAAGCCAUUGACGAAUGAUGUGCUCCAAGAGAUCAGGGAUGCCAUUUCCAAGGUCAAUCCCCAUUAUGGCGUCUUGGUGUUCCCGGCAACGGGUCUAGAUGACGAGCGUCAUGUCGCUUUUGCGAGUCGCUUCGGCGAACUUGAACGCCGCAAAGACACCGGCGCGCCAUCUCGAAUGAGCCUUCCCGAAUUGACGGACCAAGGCAAUAUUGACGGCAAUGGAAAUGUCAUUAGCUCGAAAGACCCUAGGGCUCAGAUCAGCAAGGGGAAUACGCUCUUCCACGUCGAUAGCAGCUUCAACUCCCAGCGGGCAAGCUACUCCAUCCUCCUCGCCCAUGAGAUCCCGCCCUCAGACGGCGGCGGAAACACGGAUUUUGCAGACACGCGGGCGGCAUGGGACGACCUCCCUGAGUCGUGGAAGCAGGAGUUGCUAAAAGAAGACUACGUCGCAGGCCACUCGUUCUGGCACUCGCGCAAGAAGGCGUGUCCCGAUUUCUUCGCCAAGCUCGAGCCGGAGAACCAUCCGAUGAGCAAGCACAAGGUCGCACAGCUCCAUCAGCCGAGUGGACAGAUGAAUUUGUUUGUGCCGUCGCACUGUCAUCAUAUCGAAGGGCUCGAAGCGGGAGAGGGGCAGGAGAAGUUGAACUUUUUGUAUCAGCAUGCCACUCAAGACAAAUUCGUUGUCUCGAUUCCGUGGAAGGAGGUGGGCGACUUAAUCAUGUGGGACAAUACGUGUACGCUUCACCGGGGGACGCCGGUGGUUGGAGUUCACAAGAGGGAUAUGAGGAGGGCAACAGUGUUGGAUGGAAGUGAGGAGGCUUGGGGGUUGAAUGAGAAGGUUGAGAGGGAUUUCGCGUUUGCGCCUGAGGUUAUGGCCGAUGUGUUUCGCUGUCUUUCUGGGUGA